CUUUGCCGUGUUAUUGUUUUUCUAUUUACUAUGAGUUUUAUAUUUGCUUUUUUAAAACGUAUUUUGCAAAGCAUGAUACAGCUUCUGACUUUUGGCAAGCGUGCAGUAACAAACACGCUAAAUAUAUAUAUUAAAACAAAUACUGGAAACACGCUGUCAAUCGAUUUAGACCCAAAAUGGGAAAUAAAGAACGUGAAAGAAAUUGUUGCAACCGAGUUAGGACUGACACCAGAAGAAGUAAAGAUAAUAUUUGCUGGGAAGGAACUGGAUGAUUCUAUUGUAAUAGAGGAAUGUGAUUUGGGAGAACAAAGCAUCUUGCAUGCUGUCAAAAUACAGCCAUCUCCCAGAGCUGAUGGUAGCAAAGGAAGGUCCCACAGCUUGGCAGCUAAGCCGCUAAACGAAACUUUAGUGGAUCUUCAACUUAGUGGCAAAGACCGCCAAGAAAUGGUGUCUGAAGAAGAUCAUGAAAAGAGACGAGCACAUUUCUAUGUGUAUUGUUCAUCUCCUUGUAAAAUGAUGAAACCCGGGAAAUUGCGGGUGCGCUGUGCAUCAUGUAAAGGUGGAGCUUUCACUGUGGACAGAGAUCCUCAGUGCUGGCAGGAUGUACUGGAUAAAAAUAGGAUAACAGGCAUUUGUGAAACUGAUGGCUGUAUAGGUGGUGAUGAAGGGCUCACAUUUGCACAGUUUUAUUUCAAGUGUGCUGAACAUCCAUCUCAAGGUGAAGAUGAUGAGGCUGUUCCUUUGUAUCUUAUCAAAUCAAACAUACAUGACGUUCCAUGCCUAGCUUGCACCGAUGUUAAGGACCCAGUUCUUGUGUUCCCUUGUGAUGCAAGUCAUGUGACUUGUCUGGAAUGUUUCCAAACAUAUUGUGCAUCUAGACUGCGUGAUCGCCAAUUUUGGUCACAUCCUGAGUAUGGAUACACUCUACCUUGCCCAGCUGGUUGUCCAAAUUCCCUUAUCACUGAAGUUCAUCACUUCCAUUUACUUACACCACAGCAGUAUGCACAGUAUCAGCGAUUUGCGGCUGAAGAGUAUGUGCUGCAAGCAGGCGGUAUCUUGUGCCCCCAGCCAGGUUGUGGUAUGGGCAUAUUGGCUGAUCCUGACUGCAGACGCAUAACAUGCACCGGUGGUUGUGGGUUUGUGUUCUGCCGCCAGUGCCUGCAAGGUUACCAUAUUGGUGAUUGUGUCAUAGAUGGCGAGAGUGGAAAUGCAGGCAACAGUGGUGAUUGUCAGUAUAAUGUGGAUCCAAAUAGAGCUGCUCAGGCAAGGUGGGACGAAGCAAGCAAAGUUGUUAUAAAAGUGUCAACAAAACCUUGCCCAAAAUGUCGUACACCUACUGAGAGAGAUGGAGGCUGCAUGCACAUGGUUUGUACCAGGCCAAAUUGUGGCUUCCACUGGUGCUGGAUCUGCCAAACUCCAUGGUCAAGAGAGUGUAUGGGAAACCAUUGGUUUGGAUAGCACUUCAACAGAUCCACUUUGCCUAAGAUCAUCUGCUAUGGAUAUUGGCCAAAAUAUGUGUAAUUUUACUGGAAUAUUUAUUUUUAGUUUGCACAUUAAGAAUUUUACCAUAAAGAUGAUCUUUCCAAUCCAAAAUUCAUGUUGAAACAUAAGUAAUAAAAAAUGACUGUCUGCAUGCAGCUCAGUUAUCUGUCUCAGGUACGGAUGGAAGAUGGGUCUUCAAAGACUUACAAGAAAAUGUUAAAUGUUAGAUAUUAAAACAAUCUAGUGACUAAAUACAGCUUGUUAUGAACAUACUAUUUACUUCAGAGCAGCAAGAAAUACAUCCGUAAAAAUGCGUAACUGACAAAGGUUGAUUAGCAACAGAAGUUUAAAAGCAACUGUUGGCUGAUAAAAAAAGACCUCUCUAAUAGUGUCUCAUUUGUUGGGAGCCUUUAUAGCAUUUUUUAAAAUUAUUUUUGGGCAAAUAGUUUUUUUUCUGACUGGCAUCAAGUUAUGAGUAGCCUACUUAAUAUUUACCUUUUACUAAAUACAGUGUUAACAUUCAUGUUUGAUUUCACAUAGUACAACAAGUAUGAAGUGUAGAUAUUAGCAAAACUGUAGAUUGUCUGGUAUCAGUCUAUUGUUGUCACAUCAAUUCUAUUGUUUGAAAAUCAGCGUAAAAAUAAGAUAAUGCAUUGUUUAUGUGUAUAAAGAUGUGUUUUUGCAAAUGAUCAAAUUGUAAUUGUGAGAGUCAGUCAUUGAUCAGGUGUUUGGGUGGAGAAAGAACAAGACUCCCCAGAAAUUAUACAAUGGGUUUUGUGCACAGUUUCGUAGUUAAAUGAAAUGUGGGAAUCAACAAAUGGGGUAUCAAACUGACCAGUGUGAGGUUUAGCUUUGCAAAGAAAGAUUUAAUUCCUUCAAAGUUAUCACUAUAAUUAAGAAAAAGUUAAUUAUUGAUCCUUGGAAAAAUGAAAGAUUUCACAAAUGGCUGCUGCUAGCUAUGAAAAUAAAGUGUAAAAAGAUAUCAUAUUGAUGCACCUGUCUGUGACUCUUGAAAUCAUACAGCAGGUGAGGUGACAAUUGAGAAUAAAAAGUUCAUGUGUAAAUUAGAAUCUUAGAAUUUUAAAGACAACUUAGGAUAUGUGUCUGGUGGAGUUCUACUCAAUGGUUUCAUUAUGUGUCUGAUGUAUGAAAAUAUCAACUGCUGUACAUAUUUUUGAGCAUUAUUUAAAGGCACGUCAAAUGUUUCUGUAAUCUGUUUUAUUUCUUAUUUUCAGAAAAAUCAUUUCACAUAACAUUUGACCUUUUUUCAAAUUGUUAUUAUUAUUAUUAUUAUUGUUAAUGCAACAGGUAGUUACACACUCCAUUGUUCACUUCCUUGAAAUACAGAUGACAGUGGUAUCCUUUAUGAAUAAUAGGGGGCAGUUUCAAUUGGCUCAGCAUAAAAUAUUCUGUCAUUAUUAGCCUGUAGCGGAGAAGGGAAUGCUUUCAUGUCAUGAAUUUUUCAAAAUUUCAAAAAUUUAUUCAUCUGAAAGCUUUAAUCAUUUUCAGUGGGCUUUUGGAAAUUUUCUCCAUCCCAUGUUGAGUGGUUUCUGAAAAUUUAAAGGGAAGAAAAUUAUUAAAUGACAAGGAUACAAGUGAGCAGAGAGUGAUUUCAAUGACACAGAGAACCAUUUGAAGUGCCUAUAAAAUAGUUUGAGGAAACAAUGAUAUUUAUUCGAGGACAUUGUAGCUACACUACAGAUUGACUUGCUGGCUGUGUCCGAAAUUCUGUAUGAUGUCUUUUAGUCAGGAAAUUUUCAAUGUUACUCUUUCAUGAAUGAGUAAAAGGAAACCUAUGUACCUAUGUUAAAUGAUGGAAAUAAAUGCUGAACAGAUACCAUGAAGCAAA